AUGAGCGCCAGUACUGCGGCACUCAUUGGCUACAGUAGUGAGUCGACUGUCGGCGUACUGUCCGCUCACCACAACACUGGCACCCGAUUUGGCGAACUUGUCGAGUGUCGGCAAGUAAUCCAUCACUUAUUGGACGAUAGCCUUACUGUCCAACAGGAAUGGCUGUUCACAAUGUUGGACUCUUCGGCCACUUUGGGCACCGGUAUCUUAAAGGGAACGACAUAUUUCUUCGGAGACUAUGAUGAGUGUCUGGAUAUUAAUUCACACACAAAUGAAAACGUUCAAAGUAAGGCAUGA